GACGGACGAGGGGAGAGAGACGGAUGGUAGUGGACAGAAGCAAUGUUAAGUACUCUGAGGAAGCAGACAAUCCAUAUGCCGGUGAAGAAGCAGAUGAAGAAAAGUUGAUACAAGAGAUUGGACGUGUGAACAGCAUUGUUGAUGGGUUUUUGGAUGCAAGCAGUAGGGUCGUGCAUUCGCCUUUGGACGACGCAUAUUUGGACGCCUUCCACACUAAUUGCCUGGUAAGUGUUUCAUUAUCUCUUUUUCAUCGAUUGUCUUAGGAUUGAAUGAUACAAAAUUCAUUUUUCUCUUCCUCUCUUUUCCUUCUUCUUUUCAUAAAAAGUUUUUUCUUUUUCUUUUUCUUUCUUCAUUUAAAGGUCUUAACAGCAAAAUGCAUCAUUUCUGUCAUUCAAAUGUCUUCAGGUUGUAUGUCUUUUUACUAAUUUGUUUUGUUGCUAACUUGCUAUGCUAUGUAUAGCUUAUGAAGUUGAUGGAGUGAAUCAUUAAUUUUUUAUUGAGAAUGGUUGGGCUUUGUAGGUGUUUGCCAUUUGAUGAUAGUUGGAUUUUCCUAAGGCAUGUUCUUGACGGUUAGAAUGAAAAUCUGUUUUCAGUUCUGCAUGAGUCAGCCUUUUGGCUGAAAAUUCUAUUAUCUUUUACUCAGCAUAUCGAGGUGUUUUUAGAAAGUUGUUUAAGUCAUUAGCAGUGUGUUUGAUGGUGGAUUGCUGGAUAGAAUAAAAUUUGCAUAUUUGG